GAAUGAAACUACAUGUAUUUAAUUGCAUGUGUCUGUACGUUGCACUGGAGGGAAAAGCACAGUACUUCUGCAAGAGCUUGCAGUCAAAGGAAACUUGACAGAGGAACAUAUUUAUAGUCCAAACGAAAGUACCUCUGAGACCUGAGAGCUCCUCAUACCAUCAUGAAUGAAACUGCAUCCAAUACAAUAACUGGAUUAUAAUUUUUUGGUGAUAUUAUUAUUAUUAUUAUUGGCUGCUUUACUUUUUGGGGUUCAUCCUGCUCCUCUUCUUCCUCUCUCCCUCCUCCUUGCUGCUCCCUGUUGGAAAUUAUGGCUCAUCCUGGGAGAAGAGGCUAUGAUAACCGAGAGAUAGUGCUGAAGUACAUCCAUUACAAACUGUCACAGAGGGGAUAUGAUUGGGCUGCCAAUGAAAACAGAGGACCAGUUUCUCCAAAUCUCUCUCCCCCUCCUGCUACUGGGACCUCAUCUGACCAUGCUGGGCUGGUCUCUUUGCCUCCUGAGCCCCCUGGCUCGGCUGCUGCUAGUAACGUGCCCCUUGGUGAUGGGCUGCACCCAGCACCGCAGGCUGUUCUCUUGGCUCUGUGCCAAGCUGGAGAUGAAUUUUCCCGUCGCUACCACAGAGAUUUUGCCCAGAUGUCUGGCCAGCUGCACUUGACCCCAUUCACGGCCAGGGGGCGCUUUGUGGCAGUGGUGGAGGAGCUGUUCCGAGAUGGGGUUAACUGGGGAAGGAUCGUGGCCUUCUUUGAAUUUGGUGGUGUGAUGUGCGUGGAGAGCGUUAAUCGGGAGAUGUCGCCUCUUGUGGACAGCAUUGCUGUGUGGAUGACCGAAUACCUGAACAGACACCUACACAACUGGAUCCAGGACAACGGAGGCUGGGAUGCCUUUGUGGAAUUAUACGGCAGGAACAUGAGGCCUGUGUUUGAUUUCUCCUGGAUCUCUUUGAAGACUAUCCUAAGUCUGGCUCUGGUGGGAGCAUGCAUCACCCUGGGCGCUUAUCUGGGACAUAAGUGAAGUCAGCCAUCUAACCAUGGAUUACAAACGUCUUAUGAAACAAUACAAUAAUAUGGUUUUUCCAGUAGCACAAUGAUAUUAGUUUUAUGAGCAGAAGUUCCUGGCUAAAUAUAAAUCAGCUAUUACUGCCAAAGGGAGGUAUCAUUUAUUUUUUACAUUGCAGGAAACAGUUAUUUAUUAAAGAUAUUUACAUUUAACUUGCUAUUUUCAGAAGCUCCACAAACAAUUUAUAUCCGAGUAUAACAUAAUAUUGUUAUGAAUUGUAAUGAGCCCCAAACACCUUAAGCUUUUUUUUUUUUUAAAUAAAUUAAUGCAGCUGGAUGGAUUAAAUAUACUGACAAAGACCUACCUGCUUUCUCUUCAGAGAGCAGUUACUUGGGCUGCUUCAGACUGUGUAAUUGUGUUGAUUUUACUACAAUUUCUCACAGAUCCAAGGAGAUGGGAUCCUAAAAAAAUCAGAGGGAGUGAAGUUAGAAUUAUUUCCAGCUGGCAAGUGCUGACAUUAGUGUACAAUUCAAUAUGGUACAUACGUGGUGUCAGAAUAGCAACUUCUCGGACAGCUAUCUAUAGGAGUCUUCUGGCAGGACAACAGUUUGAAAUACGAUUGCAUAUAUUUUAUGAAAGUAUUUUUAAGCUACCAAAUUGUGCCAAUACAUCAUAAUCAUAACAGUAUCAUCUGAUACCUUAAAAGGAUGAUAUGUCAAUUCAGAUACUCUUUAUGAGCGCAUGAAAUGAAAUCCUUUGGACAUGCAAGAAAUUACUGUUUCAAUGAUUUCCUCAGCAGUAAAAUGUCUUUUACAGCUACACACACAGAAACCGUGAGACCGUAAGUGCCUGCCUCUGCAGAGCACAGCUGGAGUCUGGAGUCCUGACUUGUGUCCCAUUUUAGUGGGCUCGUAUCGGCAACUGAUCCUGUUUACUUACUGAGCUCCUCUAGGGUUUUGAAACCAAUUAAGUUUGGUCUCUAAAUCCCUGAAAGAAAAAAAGGUUUAAAUUUAUUUGGCAAGAAACAGACCUCAUCUGAGUUCCAGAUUAGCUCGAACUAUACUUGUUUAUCAAACUGGACACCAAAAUGACGUACAUUUUCAUAACAAAGAAGUCAGAUGACCUGUAUUCUUUCCCCCAUCUCACCCCUCCCCCGCCAAAGUAUUUCAUGCUAAUUAUUUCUUAAGACUUUCUGCAGAAAUAAAGAAGAUGAAGAAAUUGUUCUAAUCCUCUAGUUGGACAGAGACUCACUGACAUCCGGAUUCCUUAGGUGCCUAUUGUCAUUUCAGGGGAGAAUAAGGAGGAGGAGGAAAGGAUGGACUGAGUCGGCUUCCUGAACAAUAAAUGCAACUUCAAUAAGAUUAAUUCAGAAUACUUAAUAUACAGCUUUAUAACAACUGCAUAAAUCCUGAACCAUAUAUCUUAGACAUGUCAACAUACUUUAAGGUGGGCUUUAACAACCUUUUGGCUUCUAUGAAUUCCACCUUAAAAACCUCUAAGUCAAGUGUUUUUAUUUUUUUACUAUGAAACUGUCAAAAUAUGAACUUUGUGGCUAAAUGUACAUCCAGGGACAAGUCAGAAAGCUCUGGAUAAAAAGACAGGAACAACAUUCAAGUACGUUCAGAGUGAAAACAAUACAAUGAAAAACUAUGCAGAGUCAACCUUGUGAUUUCAAUAAUAUAACGUUGUGGCAUUAUAUGCAAUAUCUGCAGUAAUUUAGGAAUGUAAUAUGUUCAUUGUUAAGGCUGUAAUUGAUGUGAUUUCUUCAAAGCUGCUUUUUUUAGAUUUGUGCAUCUCAGCAUUUUUAUUGCUAUUUAGUCAUGGCACCUACACUUUCUGUGGGCAAAGAUGGAGUAAGCGUUGCAUUUCAAAUUUGAAAUUAUUUUAAUUUUACAGAAACAUUUAAUGGAACUAAUGUUUCUAAAGCAAAUGUGAUCUGUUUUUAAACUCUGAGUAAAAACACCUGAAAUGUCAAAACUGUAUGCAUUUGUGCAAGGCACUUAUGAAAAAUAUUUAAAAAUAAUAGGGAACCACAUAUUAGGAAUUGAAUGUGGUCUUAGUUUUUGAACCUAGCAGGUUUAAUUUACGGAAAGCUGGGUACAAAGCUGAACUAGAAUUGGCACUGUACUACUGUUUCAAUCCACAUUCCACAAUCUAGUCUUCAUUUCAGUUUGUGCCCAUUAACCCCCCAUUAAAAAUAAUGAUUUGACCUUGAACUUUUUCAUCGUUGAAUUGUUUAUUGAUGGUUUACAUUAUCAAAAAAUAUAAAAAGAGUAACUAUAAAUUCCUGUGCUGCUAUAUUACCAGAUAAUUUGGAUAGAGUUUAUUCUGAACUAUCCUCCAGUGGCAAGAUUUUUCAAAGCUGCUUUAGAAGUAAUAUGAAUUAGUCACAUUACAGAGAUGAUUAUGUAGAUGCUGCCAGUUUGUGUUCUGUUGUAUCUACUCACUGGGAUUCCCAGCAUAUUAGUUAAUAAGUUAAAAAAGUCAAGGCAACUGUUAAUGGUUAUUUUAUUAAACAGAUAAUGGAGCUUUCCCAUUCUGACUGCAGAAUUGUACAAUAUUGUGGUUGCGUUAGCUGUAAGUUGAUGAUGCAUUUAUUAUUAAUCACCAUACUAGAAACAUUGAAUGUAUAUAAAAGCUUGAACUUGUUUAAAAAAAACCUCCCCCUCGACCCUCUUGCUUUCCCAGUGAUUCCUGUCACUUCCAUUUUCUUUGUUACCAUGUGAAACAAAACUUUCCCUACAAUAUGCAAGGCCUUACUGUCAUGCUCCAAAACUACAUUUCAAUUAAAAAUCACUUCUCACCCUGGAUCAGUCCUGGUGGCAAUCUGUAAAAAGAAGCUAAACAUAUAAAUAGUUGCACUUCUAAAGUUACUUGGCUGUGGAGAACCAAGGGACAACACAGGAAGAGGUGUUAAGAAGUGU